GAGAGGGGCCCGGGCGGCCCAGCUCUCCUAAGUUACAUUAGAGCAGCUGCCGCCGGUGAGCGACCGGAGGGAGCGGGGAUAGAUAGAGCGGCGAGGCCGGGUGCGGGGAGCGAGAGAGGGAGCCCAAGCCGUGACGGCGGCAGCGGCCUGGGCUGGCGAGAGGGAGGAUCAGGCUGCUAAGAGGGGAGGGAGGCGAUUUCGACCCUUCCCGGCGGAGGCGAGCGGGGCAACGGCGCCUUUUUCUUCCCCUUCCUCCCACCUCUGUUAGGCCAGCGGGGUGAGCCGUGCCGUUCCGUGCCGUCAUCGCCCUCCGCGGAGGCGGCUCGGAUCCUGCUGAGAGGCCGCUCAGCCACCUGGACGCGGCCCAUCCCCGCGCAGGCACCGCCGAGCGCCCCGCACUCCCUCCCGCGCUCCUGAGGCGACAGAGGCUCCGGGGGCGCGCGCCUCUCCCCUCAGCACCCACCCGGGGCCGGGGAACUCCCUGAAGCCCCGCAUAUCCCUCCAGAGAGGCAGCUCAGCUCCCUCAGAGGCUUUGUGGGGUGGGAGGGGGGCGGGGGUUGUUAUUUUUUUUUAUUUUUAUUAUUAUUAUUAUUUUUCGGCGGUUUUCUUUUUUUUUUUAAUUUUUAAUUGUUUUUUUUUUUCUCCCCCUCCCGCCUCCUUCGAGCAGAGUGAGGCGCUGAGGUGGGCGCGAGGGCUCCUCUGUGUUGCGGGAGGGGUCUAUGGUUGAUAGGACGGGGGCGGUGGGGGAGAGAGCGAGGGGCUGAGGAGGGGUCUCGCCGCCGCGCCCGCCGCCGCUGAGGAGAAGGAGGAGGAGGAGAAGAAGAAGGAAGAAGAAGAAGAGGCGAGGCACCAUUUGCUGCUCCCUGCCCCAGCCAUGGAGAACGCGCACACAAAGACUGUGGAGGAAGUUUUGGCUUAUUUCGGCGUCAACGAAAGCACCGGGCUCAGCCUGGAGCAAGUCAAGAAGCUGAAGGAGAAAUGGGGCUCCAACGAGUUACCAGCUGAGGAAGGAAAAACCUUACUCGAGCUUGUGAUUGAACAGUUUGAAGACUUGCUAGUUAGAAUUUUGUUGCUGGCAGCUUGCAUAUCUUUUGUCCUGGCCUGGUUUGAAGAAGGUGAAGAAACAAUCACAGCAUUUGUAGAGCCUUUUGUAAUCUUACUUAUAUUAGUAGCCAAUGCAAUUGUGGGAGUGUGGCAGGAAAGAAAUGCUGAAAAUGCUAUUGAAGCUCUUAAAGAAUAUGAACCAGAAAUGGGCAAAGUGUAUCGACAGGACAGAAAGAGUGUGCAGAGGAUUAAAGCAAGAGACAUUGUCCCUGGUGAUAUUGUGGAAGUGGCAGUUGGAGACAAGGUUCCUGCUGAUAUAAGACUUACAUCUAUCAAAUCUACAACCCUAAGGGUAGACCAGUCGAUUCUCACAGGUGAAUCUGUGUCUGUUAUUAAACACACUGACCCUGUGCCUGAUCCUCGUGCUGUAAACCAAGACAAGAAGAACAUGCUUUUUUCUGGUACUAAUAUUGCUGCUGGGAAAGCUAUGGGAGUGGUUAUUGCAACAGGAGUAAACACCGAAAUCGGCAAAAUCCGUGAUGAGAUGGUGGCUACAGAACAAGAGAGAACCCCACUGCAGCAGAAACUGGAUGAGUUUGGAGAGCAGCUGUCUAAAGUCAUCUCUCUUAUCUGCAUUGCUGUUUGGAUAAUAAACAUUGGUCACUUCAAUGAUCCUGUUCAUGGUGGCUCCUGGAUCCGAGGUGCUAUCUAUUACUUUAAAAUAGCUGUUGCUCUUGCUGUUGCUGCUAUUCCGGAGGGUCUGCCUGCUGUCAUUACCACCUGCUUGGCUCUUGGAACCCGUAGAAUGGCCAAGAAGAAUGCUAUUGUUAGAAGUCUCCCCUCUGUGGAAACCUUGGGUUGUACCUCAGUUAUUUGUUCUGACAAGACUGGUACCCUGACCACCAAUCAGAUGUCAGUCUGCAGGAUGUUUAUCCUGGACAGAGUAGAAGGAGAUAGCUGUUCUCUGAAUGAAUUUACUGUAACUGGUUCAACAUACGCUCCCAUGGGAGAAGUGCAUAAAGAUGAUAAACUCAUUAAAUGUAGCCAGUAUGAUGGCCUGGUGGAACUUGCAACAAUCUGUGCUCUCUGUAAUGAUUCCUCUUUGGAUUACAAUGAAGCUAAAGGAGUGUAUGAAAAAGUUGGUGAAGCCACAGAAACAGCCCUUACCUGUCUGGUUGAAAAGAUGAAUGUAUUUGACACAGACCUGAAAGGACUUUCAAGGAUUGAACGUGCAAAUGCUUGCAACUCGGUGAUAAAGCAACUCAUGAAGAAAGAAUUCACUCUGGAAUUCUCAAGAGACAGAAAAUCCAUGUCUGUGUAUUGCACACCAAACAAACCAAGCCGUGCAUCCAUGACUAAGAUGUUUGUUAAGGGUGCUCCUGAAGGUGUAAUUGACAGAUGUACACAUGUUCGUGUUGGGAAUGCUAAAAUACCAUUAACCCCAGGAAUUAAGCAGAAAAUAAUGUCUGUCAUUAGAGAAUGGGGAACUGGUAGAGAUACAUUGCGUUGCUUGGCUCUGGCAACCCAUGACAGUCCACCUAAAAAAGAGGAAAUGAAUCUUGAAGACUCCACAAAUUUCAUUAACUAUGAGACCAACUUGACCUUUGUUGGCUGUGUGGGUAUGCUGGAUCCCCCAAGAAUUGAAGUGGCUUCAUCUAUAAAGCUGUGCAGGCAAGCUGGCAUCAGAGUUAUUAUGAUCACUGGUGAUAACAAAGGCACGGCUGUGGCCAUUUGCCGCCGCAUCGGUAUCUUUGUGGAAGAUGAAGAUGUUUCUACAAAAGCUUUCACUGGUCGGGAGUUUGAUGAGCUCUCCCUUGCUGCCCAGAGAGAUGCUGUCCACCAUGCCCGUUGCUUUGCUCGUGUAGAGCCCUCCCACAAAUCUAAAAUUGUUGAGUUUCUUCAGUCUUUCGAUGAGAUUACAGCUAUGACUGGUGAUGGUGUCAACGAUGCUCCUGCCUUGAAGAAAGCAGAAAUUGGAAUUGCUAUGGGUUCUGGUACUGCAGUGGCCAAAACUGCUUCUGAAAUGGUUUUAGCAGAUGACAAUUUCUCAACUAUUGUAGCUGCUGUGGAAGAAGGACGUGCAAUUUAUAACAACAUGAAACAGUUCAUUCGUUACUUGAUCUCUUCCAACGUUGGAGAAGUUGUUUGUAUCUUCUUGACUGCUGCCCUGGGUUUUCCUGAAGCUCUAAUUCCUGUCCAGCUGUUAUGGGUAAACCUUGUGACUGAUGGGCUCCCUGCUACUGCUCUGGGCUUUAAUCCUCCUGAUCUUGAUAUCAUGAAUAAGCCCCCACGCAACCCCAAGGAGCCACUGAUCAGUGGGUGGCUCUUCUUCCGUUACCUGGCUAUUGGAUGUUAUGUGGGUGCUGCCACAGUGGGUGCUGCUGCUUGGUGGUUUAUUGCUGCUGAUGGUGGUCCAAGAAUUAGCUUUUAUCAACUGAGCCAUUUUCUGCAGUGCAAAGAGGACAACCCAGACUUCUCUGGUGUCGACUGUGUGGUUUUUGAGUCUCCAUAUCCAAUGACAAUGGCCCUGUCUGUGCUUGUCACCAUAGAGAUGUGCAAUGCUCUCAACAGCCUAUCAGAAAAUCAGUCCCUGAUGAGGAUGCCCCCGUGGGAGAACAUCUGGCUGGUGGGCGCUAUUUGCUUGUCCAUGUCACUCCACUUCCUUAUCCUUUAUGUGGAACCACUGCCAAUUAUCUUCCAGAUCACACCUUUGAACGUGACGCAGUGGCUGAUGGUGUUGAAAAUCUCCCUUCCUGUCAUUCUCCUGGAUGAAACACUUAAAUAUGUGGCCCGUAACUACCUGGAACCUGGUAAAGAUGAUAGUGUGCAGCCUGCCAGCAAACCCUGUACUUUGUCAGCAUGCACCGAAGGAGUUUCCUGGCCGUUUGUGUUGAUGACUAUGCCCUUGGUUAUCUGGCUUUACAGCACAGACACUAACUUUAGUGAUAUGUUCUGGUCUUGACUGACAUGGUGACGAGUUUUACAUUCAAAGAAAACAAAGUUUAACUUAAUUUUUUUAUUGUUUAGAGCAACUGUCUAUUUCUGCUGAAUUUUCACAUGAACAUAUUUGCCGGUGAUGGAGGUUUCAUAAUCUAGAUUUUGGUUUUUUGCUUUUUUCUGACUUAAGUGGGGGCAAUAUAUUCCUCUUUUAUACACAGUUAAAGUGUCCAUUGACAUGUACAGAGAACUAACACUAUUUUAUGCAAAUAUUUUUUUGUAGAUGAAAAGCAUGUACAGUGUUCUGUUCAAUAUUCAUCGUGUAAAAAAAGUCAAUUUUUUUUGAGCCAGCGGACACUAUCAAACUAAAUUGGCAGCAGAUUUUAGGGAAUGAAUGUGUGUUGUCUAAAACUAAAAAAGCAUGUAACUGUUUGUCUUCUGCAUGAUCAUCCAAACUUAAUUUGUCAUAAAGUCAGGUUUUAUCCAUAAGCAGAACUUUCUGCACUGGUAGAGAGUACUGCUACCUCAGUCAGGAUUUCUUCUGUUUCCCCUCUUCCUGUUCCCUCACUCUUGGUUCUUGACUGUCCUUGUUUACACCACUUUCUGUAUGAGGUAUGCCUAAUCUUGCUCGUGCAGAAAAUGCCAUUCCAGGUGCAGCCUGCUGGGGUUCUUCCAUAUUCUGAACACACAUAGGGGUUUUUUUAAAGAUUAUUUAUUUGUCUAUUGUAUUUUAUUGUAACGGACCUUAUUUUGCCAGUGUUGCCCAUUAUGCAGGGCUAGGGAGGGCUACUUCUGUCUACUUAAAUCCUAACCCAAGCCUUUUUUACAAACACAAUCUGGUUUAAUUCCAAAAGAUGGUUUAAAUUGGGGUUUAAUACCUUAUUACACACAUCAGAUCCUUCCUUUGUCUUUUUUUACCCCCCUUUAAGAUCAAAACUUGUCAUGAGACCUGGAAAAAUAACUUGCACUGCAUAGCUAGAAAUUAGAUUUCCUACACUUAGGGCACUAAUAAUCAGUUGUAUCCAUGGAGUUACUCUGCUGGCCUGUUAGCCUGACUUGAAGUAACAAGCUCGUGUGUGUUUUUUGUAAAAUCUGUAAAUAGCACAUGACCAAAUUGAACAUAUUGUAUAGAACUAUUUUUAUUUUGAUGUGGCACUAACCACCUUCAUUAUUACGGUAAAUGUUAAAGCAUGUUUUCAGAUUCAGUCCUGUAUCAACAACGUGUAAGUCAUUAACAGUCCUAACUGUGGUGUUUUUCUCCAAUGCCUUCCAACUUUCAUCGACUAAAGUGAGUAUUUCUUUUCCAUUUCACCAUGCCAGUGGUGACUUGCUGUAAAAUAGCAUAUGCUGUAUACAUGUUGAAGAAUAAAUAGUAAUUUUCUUCAUUCCCAUGCUGUGUUUUGUCAAACUCUGCUGUGCUACAUUAUUAUCACCACUUUAGACUUUGUUUUGUGGCCUGAAGCUCAAAUUACUGAUUCCAAAGGCAAAGCACUUGCUUUUGGUUUAGUGUCUUUUAGGUCUUGUUUUAUAGCACCCAGGAGCCUUAGUGCCCCGAGAUCUUACAGCUUUUGGUCUUAAGUUUGAGAUAAAAUUGGACAAAUCUGUAACUUAAGACAGUGACAGCUGUUCACAUGUUUAGUGUCCAAAACAUUCUGGUACUUUUCAGGUGCUGGUUUGCUCCCAGGCUUUUUCCUGCUCUGAAACAGGGGAUGUCCCUCAGAGCUGACCCCCCUUCCUUUGUCUCUGGUAUCUGCAGUGCUCAAAGUGCAGGCAAAGUGCUACUCCUUGCAAAAGCAGCUGAUGAUUUCCAGUGAGUGGCAACACUUUGUAGAGUGGUCACAUGAAAAGACAAAAGAACAGUCUCAGCUUCACAGGAUAGUCUGUGGAAAUUUUACUAGGGUCAUUUUGUCUUUGUAGAGUAGCAGGUGCUGUGUUAUCUUCUGGCUCAGUAACCAAAUUCAAACAGCUUUCUGACUCCUCAUAGAGUUAAGUGAUAGUUGAAAGCCAUGUUCUGUUGGUGCCAGCUGGAAUCCAGUGAGCACACAUAAAUCUUUAGGUUUCAAGCUUUGAAAUGUAGAUGCUAACCUCAAAAUUCCCAGACCCUAUCUGAAAUUUCACUGCAUUGUGAAUCCUCACUGUUUAUGUAGACUUGGACUUGUUUAAGUGGAUGCUGAAGUGACUCAGGUGUGAGAGCUGGACCUGAUGAUGGAGUAGGUGUGUUGCUGAACUGUAAGCAUUUAAAUCCCAGUGAAUGCCCUCUUUAGUGUGGGAGAACUUGUCUUUGCCAACCUGAGGUUUUGCAUCCCACAGAAGCAAUGGCCAGCACCAGCCAUUUGCUGUAGUGAUAAUAAAUGAGCAAAGACUUGUCCCUAUUUCUUGCAACAGGACUGAAUAGGUUGUGAUUUAGGAUUCCUUGAGAUUGAAAUGUGUACAAGGGUGGUUCUUGCUGGAAACUGGUACUAGUGAGUGAGUUCUGUGUGCUCCCAACAUAAUGGAUAAACUUUUUCCAUGGAAUCUUGGAAUUCAGAGUGACCCUCUGGAGCACCAUGUUGGUGGGCUUUUUUUAGGCCAUGUAUCUGACUGUCACCAUGAAUGACUCUGCUUCUUGUACACCCCUAUUCCUGUCUAUUCUGCCAAACAAUCCUGCUCUAGACUCCCUUUUCCCUGUCUCUAAGAUGAAGGGAAAAAUGGCUGUCAAUAAGUGGAAUUCAGUCUUCAACAAGUUCUUUGUUGGGUCUCUGUUGAAGAUGAAUCUCUCUGCUUGUGUCAUGGAUUUCAGUACCGACAUCCAAGAGCUCGUUCAUAUCAGAUGUCUCGGGGCACUUACAUUUUUAGGGCCUUGUGACCCUUGGAGUUUGCCUUUGAAAGCUGGAUGACUGGUGGGUAAAUGGAGUGGCAUUCAUCCCUACUGGUUCUUGAGGUCACAGGGGCAGUCAGGUUUUGUAAGGUGCUCCUUAACAGCCCAAGAAAUCUUAAUUUUUCUCUUAAUGAUUCCCUUAUUUCUCCCAGUCUUUCUGUCCAAAAUUUUCCUAUAGAAAUAGAGCAAUAGGGCCCCUAUAAUCAUCACCUUUAGUCAGGUUCAAUGGCAGCUGUGGCUGUACUUUCAGUACUUCUGUUUUCCCAGUGUUGCCACUGCAUGGUAAAUAACAAUGUUAAGAUCUAUGAGGUUCCUCCCAGGCAGUGAGGCACCCUGCCCUUCAGUCCCUGUUCUCUUCAAGGUUCCUUAUGAUCUGGGAGCUGGAAUGCUGUGGGUCUGAUCUUAACCCUUCUCCAGCUGAGUCAGCUGGGGGAGGUUGCUCAGGUGUGCUCCUGGUGUUAGAAUAGCACAAGGCAGCUGAUGGAACUGUAGAAAUCCAGUGCAAGGUCAGAAUGCACUGCAAGGAAACACAUUAACUGAAACUAUUACCCUUAAUUGUAUAGAUCCUGCCAUUCUUCAGCUCUCAGCCCUUUCAUCCAGGGAGACCCAGGAGAGAGGACUUCUCAGUUUAGAAUAAACUUGCCAAAGUUGAAAUUCUUGCUUAUUUUUUUUGUUCCCUAUAAAUUUCCUCUCCAACCUGCUCGCUGCACUAGGGUCAUCUAGGGACAGAAAUAAGUAACUCUUCUUCUAAGGUGUUAGCCCUGGAAAUAGGUAAAUGGAAGCACUUAAGAGAAAUAGCUCAAAGUUACUCAGGCUUCGUGUCCCAUUUUUAAGAAAUAAUUUUAUACUUUUUAUUUCCUUUUGUUCUCAUUUCACUUAGCUUCUUCAUCUCUGCUGUUUUCUGGAUUCCUUAGUGUCCUCACAUACUGCUACUUAUUUUCUAGUGUGGGAGGUGUGUAAGACCAGGGGAUUGAUCCCACCUAACUGUAGGAACACCAGGAAGGAAACCAGUGGGGUGAAUUCAGUGUUCUCUAGUCCAUAUCAUUAAAGAACAUGAUCAGACAGAUGCAGCUGUACAUCAGAUAUUUAGGCAGGGGCUUUUAUCUUCACAGUGCCUUGGGCCCUCUCUGCUUUCAAAUGUGAGUGAUUCAAAGUGCUGUUUGUGAGCUACACAGUGAGCUGCUCCUUUAUACUGGCAUCUGAGCAAUAAAAAUAGUUCAUACUUGGUUUCCCAAAACACUAUUGCAAAUAAGUCUGAAAAAGGCUGCAGAAAAAAUACAUUGGUCUGUCAAAAAACUCUAUGAAGCUUGUGUUUGUAGGGAGACUGUUUUGGAGAAGGCUAAUGGUAAGAAAAUGAGUUUUUAAUCUGAUGAUAAAAUGCAGUACAGCAGUCCCCUGUCACUGUUCCAACAACACAGCUGAUGCCCAGAAUAUACAUGGUAAACAGCCUAAAGAUGGUUGAAUUUGCUGAGAUGAAGGGAGGUAAAACUGAUACAAAGCUGUCUGUCUCUUGCACCUGUCUUGUUUACUUUUUUGCACUUCUAACCAUUAACUGUUUCCCUAAUCUCUGCUAAUUACAUCCUUAAUUACAUUAAUAUGCAUUUUCAAAUCUUAGCAGGAGAGCCUAAAUUUUGUAGCAUUGAAGCAGUGUUUUGAAGAGCCACCCUCAAGUUCUAGGGACUCUUCUCUCCUAGAUGCAAGGCUGACUUUAUGCUGUAUGUUAAGGGUAAAGUACAGUAGUAGAUUUAUUACAUUGUACUCUACCCUUUGCCUACACAUUAAUCUGUGUAGUUAAAAAAACCUCUUCAAAGCUUCCCUCCUGCUUCCCAGAAUAAGCUGCAUAACUUGGAGGAGGGACAUUGUUAGGUUACUUGGGGGCCAAGCUUGCACCAUAAUGCCUUGAUUAGAAAAACACCCUUAAAGUGCUUCAAAACCUGAGCUCAGAGUUCAUAGUGUGGAGCUUUGAGGUGAAAAUGACAAAUCAGUGAGGCUUGCCUGCUGCCACGAGUCAGGCAGAGCAAGGCAAAAGCUGUCUGAACACAUCUGAAUUCUUUCACUGCAAUCCUCUGUGGGGCUGGUGCUAAAGGGAGCUCUGCUGCACCCAGAGCUGAGCCCCAAUCCAAAGGGUUUUAGUCUUAAAGUAACCUGAGAGUGUCCCUUCCAGGCCAGAGCAGCCAGUUAUCAAACUGAACAUUCUUUCUCCUGUCACUGUUGAUCUUAGUCUUGCUUGUAUAAUGAUACUCAGCAUUCCUCCUUUCAUUAACUGAUGCCUUUUCUUUCUUUCCUUUUCAGCAAUACUGGAGUAAUCGCUUCCUAAACAAUUUUGCAGAAAUGUAAGGUUGUUUUGUUGAGUGCAUGUGUUUUUUAGCAACACAUCUACCAAAACUUCUGCAUGUAUCAUGUGUAAAGAUUCUUUGCUUUCCCUAAAACAAAACUCAUUGUGUUCUCUGUGGAAGAAAAAUGUGUGGUACCAUUAGGACUUCAUUAUCCAGACGUACAGACGUGCAAUAUAGCUUACCCUAUUGGAAACUCUCUCCAGAGAAGUUUGGUUUCUGUGCUGCAUGGAGAAGAGUUUAUUUAUCCUUGAACAAGAGUUACGGAGCUGUCAGCCAAUUUUCCAUAUUUCUGUCUGUAAAAUGUCAGUUUCUACAAUGUACAAUAUCAAAACUAAUGCAUGCCUUUGGUUGUUGACAGAUUUUUUCUCUGUAUUGUAUCAUCCAGACAUACUACUCUAUAACAGCUUAUGUACAAUGCUAUCCUAUUUAUAAAACUCAUUGGAAAGAUUACAGAUGAAUGUUAAACCAUAAGCCUCCAGUUCAUAACUUUGGAUUUUUUUUAUCAUGUGUGCAAAUCGACCUCUUUUGCACUGUAAUGUAACUUAUUUAAAUUUAAGGCAGUAAGACAGAUGUUGGUGCAAUACAAAAUAUUGUGAUGCAUUUAUCUAAAAAGCAACAAAUUACUUAGCCAGUUACCACAACUGCAUGUGUGACCUUUAGAAAUUGUAAAUAAGAUCAAUUGUCUAUUUACAUGCUGACAGUAAGAAGCAUCACACCUAGUUUCAUUUGUAUCAGGUAAAUAAAUUUAUUCUACAAUACAUACUCUGUGUGUUAUUUUAUGCACUUUGUUUGCUGCAGGUACAUGCAUACAUACUUCAGCACUCUCUUACAUUAAUCCAGGAUGACACUUGUUAGCACCAACACCACUGCAAUCUUUCUUCCUAGAACUAUGCAGAUGCCAGCUGCUCCUCCAGCAGUAUUGACCUCCUCACUGCUGUGAUUUCCUCUCUCCAGGGGCUUUUGUGUGUGUGUGUGUUUAAGGGACACUGUCAAGUACUUUGAUCACUCGAGGUUUUGGUUGGUUUUUUUUUUUAAAUGCUCCAUUGUUUGUAAAAUCCCUCUGAGAAACUUAAAAUAAACAUUUCUUUCCCAAC